CCACAGAAUUCAGCACUGAUCAAAAUUCAAAAGCUGCUAUUCUUGGUGAAAGAUUUGGUCACUCUUCUUGAAGCUCACAACUCAUAACCCUUAAAAUUUUCCAAGGAAUAAAGUAGCCUGUGCACAACCAAUUCACAAGAAUUUGAGCUGGUGAAGAUGAAUACCAUAUCACUCAUAAGUGGAAAUUAUAUGAAUGGAAGAGGACUUGAAGAUCGAGCCACUGAAUUGACACAUACAUGCUUUGGAAAAGACUACCUUGCUAAUUAUUUUCUAAGAAGUUCAUCCAAAAGGGCAAUUUGUAUUUGGCCAAAGUAUUUAAGCGGUUCAAGGAAUACAAAAGACCAAAGGUCACAUGUUGUUGCAAGGAUUAGAAAGGGAAAGAAGCAUGAUUAUCCAUGGCCUGAUAAUAUUGAUCCAAAUGACAGUAGCGAAUAUUUCACUCACCUGUCUCACUUUAAGCCUCUGGCUGAGAAACCAAAACCUGUAACACUUGAUUUUGAGAAGCCACUGAUUGAUCUAGAAAAAAAGAUUAUAGAGGUACGUCGAAUGGCAGAUGACACAGGCUUAGACUUCAGUAAUCAAAUUGGUGCUCUGGAGAGCAAGUAUCAACAGGCUCUGAAAGAUCUAUACACUCAUUUGACACCUAUUCAACGGUUGAUGAUUGCUCGACAUCCCAAUAGGCCAACAGUUCUUGAUCAUAUACUUAAUAUCACAGAGAAGUGGAUAGAGCUUCAUGGAGAUCGAGCUGGCUAUGAUGAUCCAGCAAUUGUUACUGGUAUAGGGAGUAUGGAUGGAAAAAGUUAUAUGUUUAUUGGCCAUCAGAAAGGUAGGAACACAAAGGAAAACAUUGCUCGCAACUUUGCAAUGCCAACUCCUCAUGGUUAUCGCAAAGCUUUGCGCAUGAUGAAAUAUGCUGAUCACCAUAAAUUCCCCAUCAUUACAUUUGUUGACACUCCUGGUGCCUUUGCUGAUCUAAAGUCUGAGGAACUUGGUCAAGGUGAAGCAAUAGCCCAAAAUUUGAGGACUAUGUUUGGCCUCAAAGUACCUAUAGUGACAGUUGUAACUGGGGAAGGUGGUUCAGGUGGUGCACUUGCCAUUGCCUGUGGAAAUAAAUUGUUUAUGCUCGAGAAUUCUGCCUUUUAUGUUGCAAGUCCUGAAGCUUGUGCUGCAAUAUUGUGGAAAUCUUCCAAAGCUGCUCCUAAGGCAGCUGAAAAGCUAAGAAUAACAGCUCUAGAACAUUACAGACUCGGAAUUGCUGAUGGUAUUAUUCCUGAGCCACUAGGUGGUGCGCAUGCUGACCCUAUGUGGACUUCUCAACAAAUAAAGAUUGCAAUCACUCAAGCCAUGGAGGAGCUGACAAAAAUGAAUGCAGAAGAGCUGCUACACCAUAGACAUCUCAAGUUCCGGUCAAUUGGUGGCUUCCAAGAAGGCAUACCUGUGGAACCAGAGAAGAAGCGUAACAUGAAGCCAUCUGAAGUAAACUCAUCCAAGAUUACUGAUAUAGAUUCAGAGCUCAAAAGUCUCAGGAAGAAAAUUUUAGAAGCAAAGGGACCAUCUGAUCCCAUCACAAAGGAAGCAAUUCAAAAGGUUGUUAAAGAAGUAGACCAGGAAAUCACCAAAGCAUUCAUUUCAAUGGGUUUGGCAGAGAAAGUUCAGAAUGUUAGGAUGGAACUAUCUAAAGCCUCAAAUCAACCUCUUAAUAAUAACUUAAAGGAGAAGGUGGACAAAAUAAUGCAAGAAAUAAAGAGCAAGAUGUCUCAGCCAGGUGCAUAUCUUGGAUUGAAACAGAAGCUUCAGAAGCUAGACACUGUCAACAGGCUCAUUGAGAUGAAAUCCAAACAAGAAAAGCUAAGACAAGAGCUCAAUGAGAAACUUUCAGAUGAUAUAAAAGCAAAGAUAGCAAACCUGAAGCAUGCUCAGGAAAUGAUAUCAAAUGGGGAAUCACCAGACAAGGAAUUGGUAGAGAAAGCAGUGGAAGUUACAAAAGAUUUGGAAGAGUUCUUGAAAUCAAAUAACUUGGAGGUUGUUGGAGUAAUGAAGAGAAGUGUGGUGAGUCCACCACCAGAGAUAAAACAGAAAAUAGUAGACUUGAACAAUGAGAUCAUGAAUGAAAUUGAUAGAGUGGUAAAUGCAAAAGGUCUUAAGAGCCAAAUUAAGGAGUUGGAGAAUGAGAUAGCACAAGGGUCAAAGUCUAAGGAUAUUGAAAAGAUGGAAGCAGGUAUUAAAGAGCUUAUUCUUGCUGCAUUGGAUGUGACAGCACUGAAGGAAAAGAUUGAGAGAGUGAGGGAGGAUGUGGAAUCCUCAUCCAAGGCUAUUUCUGAAAACAGGAUUGGUAUGGAAAAUGGAAGAUGAUAAAGAAGGCUACGAAGUCUUGACAAAUACAUUAUUAUUUAUUAACUUUGGUUUUUUCUGUUCAAUCAUGUAAAUUAACAUAUUGGUAAUAAACAUUUAGCAUAAAAACCAAAAAGAAAAAA